AAUAGUUAACACUCAGAAGUUUAGUCUGUCUCCUAAGCUGUGGGGCAGCUUCACACAACAUCUCUACAUUAGCAACUGGGAACAUAACCUACUUCACUACCAAAUAACUACAUACAUAUCAAACAACUUCAGAAAUGGAGGAUCAGCAGAAAUACAGCUACCAGGCUUUCUGCCAUACCUGCUUAGGAACUGAAAACAGAAGAAUGAAGAUGCGAAAGAUGUCCACAUCAAGACAAAUGUUGGUGUUCACGAUCGCCCUGACUUUUUACAUUAUGGAUGUGGCUAAACCAUUCAGUUACGCUGAAACGCUCUGCGGUGGAGAGCUGGUAGAUGCGCUACAAUUCGUGUGUGAAGACAGAGGGUUUUACUUCAGCAGGCCAACAAGCAGAUCAAACAGUCGAAGAGCACAGAAAGGAAUAGUUGAAGAAUGUUGUUUCCGAAGCUGUGAUUUGAACCUUCUGGAAAUGUACUGCGCUAAACCUGCCAAGUCAGAACGAGACGUCUCUUCUACAUCACUUCAGGGGAUACCUGCAUUACCAGCACUAAAGGAAGCCCCAAGGAAGCCACUGACGGUCAAGUAUUCCAAAUACGACGUGUGGCAGAGAAAGGCAGCGCAGAGACUGCGGAGAGGCAUCCCCGCCAUUCUGAGGGCAAGGAAAUUUAGACAUCAGGCUGAGAAGGUCAAGGCCCAGGAGCAGCUCCUCUUUCACAAGCCUCUGAUCACCCUUCCCAGCAAACUGCCCCCUGCAGUUCAGUCUUCCACAGAGAAAUCUGUCAGCCACAAAUGAGUCUGGGAUUCUUUGCACAAACGAGAUAAAAAGACUAGGGGAUUAUAGCUUUGUUUUUGACGUCCUGUGGCAGCCUUCUUGAGCCUUGGUCCACCCCACCUCCCUUCACACGCUGCGCACACACACACACGUACACGCAACAUGAAAAGCAAGUUAACAAUUAAACUGAAGGCAAUUCAGGUGGAUCUGAAAUAGAAAAAGGCAAAGAAGAUGAAAGCAGUUCACUGCUUGGCAAGUGCAAAGAGGAAGUGCAGAAGAAUGGUUGUUCAGGGAAGGGGGGGGGAGGGGGGUUAAACUUCAGAACAGCCAACAUAAAAGACUUCAUUCCAUGCAAAUUUACUGAGAUACAAACAUCUCUUCUUAUUAGUUUUUUUAAACUAGUUUGCACCUGUAACUAAUGGGAUUUCCACACCGUAAGGAGUUUAUAUUGUUUAAAUUAGAUUCCUGAUCCAGCACCUUCUAAUCACAAAACAAAAGGCAGAAAAAACUUCUGCAAUUGCACAUCGCCACGGAUUACGUCAAAUCUUUUUUUAUAUUAAAGGAAAAAAAGGCACUAUUUUUUUAUGAACAAUAAACGUGUAGCUAUCAAACAAUGUCAUGGUGCUAGCUUUGGGGAUGGACUCAAAGAAGAGGAAGAUGAAAAUGCACGUUUUUUUUGACAAUGCAGAACUUGAAGAAAACUUUCCGUUUUAGGGAAAGUGUGACUUGAAAAAAAAAGAAGAGCUUGGUUCUGGCAGUGCUAAACUGGGAUGUCACAGUGUGCAGAUGUGGCAGUACACUACGAUUCAGCGGCUCGUUACAAGUCAGAAGAUGCCUUUUGCAGCGUACCACAAUAUUGCCCAGAAGACCACUGAUGUGGGAGGAAACUGGGGGAUAAAGGCAUUGCCUGGAGGAAAUUCAUGCUUCCAGACAGACUUUGAAAACAACACUGUCCUGUUUCUUUACAACCUGAAAGAAAUAAAAACUGUGGGAUCAUUUUAGCACGUUGCUUUGCUUAGAGAUGUUUUCUUGGACUGUCAAAUUCUGGUACCGUGACAUUCCUGUUCCAAGAUAGAUUAUUCUCUUUUUUAUGAUUUUUUUAUUUUUAUUAUUAUAUUUUUUUUUAAUUUUUAAAAGGCACAAAUUUCAAGUCAAAGGGAAAAAAAGCAAUAAUGUCAACUAACAUUUUUUAUUGUGUAUCAGUAGUAUUCACAUGCUUUUGCUUGAAAACAAAUACUUGAAUAUGUAUAAUUAGUUACCAGGGACAUCAUGUUAUUUUCUCUUAGUAUGAGCUGUAUCUUGCAUAAUGAGCCGCCAAGCUUCUUUUUUUGUUUAAUACAAAUAAUGGCACUGUAUAAAGGCAUUAUUUAUUUUGUUAUAAAAUAUAUAUGAAAAUUGGUCCAAAUAAUAUACUUAGCACUGAUGCGCAACUGACUUUUAUUUUGUGUUUUUCAUUCUUCUGGUAUUACUUGUAAUGCUUUUCUAGAUGCUUUGUACCAAAAAGAAACAUUUUUUUGCCUCUGAAAUGUCAAAUGGAUAUUUUAAAAAGCUGCAGUAGCCUUGAUUGCACAGGCAUGUUAUGUCACAGAAGUGGGCACAUAUUCUUAUUAUUCACUUUCCUUAGCUUAUGUUUUCAGCAAACCGAGAGAAUCUGGACAAAUAAAUAGAAGUAUACUAUUCUCAGUAAUAUAUGAAGUUUUAAAUGUUUGCAUUGAUUGUACUCUACCCACUAUCUUGUAAGCCACUUUAGUAUUUAUUUCUGCAGAAUAUUAUAUACAUGUAUAUAAUAUUUUGAUAUUUUAAUUUUUUUAAUGUGAGUGUUUAAGAGUGUAAGUAGAAGUGUAUUUCUUUAUGCUUGGAUACAUGUGUAUGUAGAUAGAUUAGAUACAAAUAUAUCUGUUAUCAUUCGAGAAGUAUCUUGCCUUCUAAUGGAGUCCAAGAUAGGGCUGGGGGCAUAGAAAAUAUUUUUUCUCCUUCAAACCCUAACUUAUUACUACUUUUGCUACUAACUUUCUGUGAGCAGAUCAUCAAGCAGUCUGUGAUGAGAAAGCUGUAUCGCAAACAAGAGCGUAUGUUCUCAAGUGAGAAUUAUACCUCCUGAGUAUGAAAGCCUGGGGUAUUUGUCAUUUUUUAUUUACAUUAGAUAAAAGAUUUUAAAUGCCAAAGCUCCAGGCAUGAUCUAGCUAGGUAGUGAAUUAUUUUUCUUCUAUUGCAAAUGCCAUCUUUGGCAAAGAGUUACAAUACCAUCUUUGUAGAAGGGUUAUCACGUUUAGCAAGUACGAACUCAGGAAAAAAGAUGGUAAAGGGAGAGUAUCCACCACUAUCCUCAGCUACUCUGAAUACAUUUUAAAAGAGUGAUGUUUGGGGUGUCGAUGCAAUUUUAAGUCAGACUUGCCAUUUCAGCUAACAUGUUUUCAAAAAUGGAAAAUGUAUAUGUUUUUGAGACUGUAAGACCAUAUGUCUGUAAGACUAAGACUAUAUGCACUAUCAUUACAGUGCAUCCCUUUUUACAGUACAAGGUAUUAGGAAUUCACUUAAAUUAACAGAAACACUUUCUCAUUACAGAUAUGCAAGAGCUUCCUCAUUUAAAUAAGAUGCAUUUUUAAAACAGACCUGCUCAGGGAUUCUAUGAUAUUUAAGGUGAAAGUAGCCAUGCAUUAUCCUGUGCAGCUUACCCUCACACUCAGUUAGGGCUACAUUCUGAAUAUUCACUUCACUUCCUGUACAAAUACGAAUGUGUGCUAGCGAUGUGACUCACUUUUACUAAGAGGUUACUGCAGCCAAUGCGUCUGCCUAUCAGCCUUCCACUGUAGAAAACGUUCAGAAUUUAUCAGUUGAACAAGGAUCCAAAUCCACACUGAAAAACUAUGGAGUUGGUUGCCUGUUCAAUUGCUAUGUUCACGUUUCCUGCUCACAGAUCUGGCUCUUUUUUCAGUUGUGUCAGGAUCCAGUGCAAUUAUUAUUUUCUCCAUAUUAUACCUUUUUCCAGUGAUUUCAUAUACGGCCUAUGAAAGUGAUGGACUUUUCUCCUUGUAAGGACUGCAAUUAUUCUCAACCUGGCUAUUUGUAAAAAUUGGUUUCAAAUAUCACUUCUGGACACUUAAUGAAGGGAUCUCUAUUUGUGAUUGCUUUCCAAGACAAGUAUUCUUAUACAAUGUCAGUGACCCACUCUGCCUGUGUGUUCUUCAUUGAUUUUAACCUCCACACGCUAGACCUUCAACAUGCACAAUUCAUGUACCUUCAUUUUAAAUAUCAAUAAAAAAUGUUAACAGUUUAUCAUAA